AUGCGCAUCUCGUUUCUCGCGGCAGUACUUGCCGAGUUGCUUGUAGGCUCGUCAGCCGCGGGCAACUCGCACAAAUAUGACCGGCGCAGCCACAUUCCAGCACGAUCAAACAAUGGCACCGCCGCUCCAAAAGCCGGCCUCUUUGACCAACUCAUUGACCACAACAAUCCCAGUCUUGGCACCUUCAAACAGCGAUUCUGGUGGAGCGCCGACUACUACGGCGGCCCAGGAUCGCCCAUCAUCCUCGAGGCUCCCGGUGAGGCUGCCGUCGACGAGAAUUCCGUCAACCAUUCCAACUCGACCCUGACUGGUCUUUUUGCCCAAACAAACAAGGCUGCAGCCAUCACUCUCGAGCAUCGCUACUGGGGUGGCAGUUCUCCCGUUGGAAAGAACUUGACGGCCCAGACUCUGCAGCAUCUCAACCUCGACAAUUCCAUCCAAGAUCUUAUUUACUUCGCUAAUAAUGUGUAUCUUCCGUUUGAUUCCCAUGGUGAUUCAAAGCCCGACAAGGCUCCUUGGGUCCUGACUGGCUGCUCGUACCCCGGCGCUCUCACGGCUUGGACGAAUGUCCUAGCACCCGGUACCUUUUGGGCAUACCAUGCAUCCAGCGCCGUCGUUCAGGCAGUCUCAACCUUUUGGGAAUAUUUUAGUCCCAUCGAGCAAGCCAUGCCACGCAACUGCAGUUCCGAUUUCAAAAGGCUGAUAUCACAUGUUGAUGACGUCCUCUUUAAUGGCACCACACACCAGAAACAGGAGCUCAAGGCGCUCUUCAAUAGCAGUAGCAACACCAGUGACAGCAACUUUGCCAACGUGCUGUCGAGUCCGCUGGGAGACUGGCAAAACACCCACUUCACGAGCGGUUAUACCAAGUUUAACCAGAUGUGCGAUUAUGUCGAGAAUCAAUGGUCUGGGAGCAAUGUCACCAUCCCAGGACCAGAGGGGGUUGAAGACCAAGAAGACUCCGACGAGCCGCUCUGGAUGUGGUUUCUUUGCAACGAGCCGUUCGAGUGGUGGCAAGUCUGGGGUCCUGGCUCAGACAACGGCCUCGUAUCCAAGGCCCUCACCCGCGACAGUCUCCUGGCUCAAUGCAAAGAUAUGUUCCCUACCGUCGGCAAUUCUACCUAUGGUCUCAACAAGGGCCGCACAGUCGAUCAGCUCAACCUAAAGACAGGCGGCUGGAAUCAUGUCAACACGACGCGCCUCAUGUGGGUGAAUGGGGAGUAUGACCCCUGGACCCCAGCUACCGUCUCGUCCAAGUCGCGACCUGGAGGCCCUUUGAAGUCCACCAAGCAAGCCCCUGUGUGGGUCAUUCCCAAGGCUGCACACUGUAAUGAUCUCAAUGUUGGGAAUAGGAUCAAUGAAGGUGCGCGGGAGGUCAUUGACGGGGUGGUGUCUCAGAUGCAGGAGUGGGUGGCCGAUUAUUACAAGCAAAACGGUACAGGCUUGGCCGACGGUGUCUGA